AUGGCGAGCAAGAUGGAUGCAGUCCAGCCUCAUUCUUCGGGGCCCAAGCCCCCUUUUGAGAGCGACCGCUUCAAAUUUGAUGAUCGAAUUAGUGAUUCGGAUCCAUCUGCGGCGAAUGGUCUCCUCGAGUCGCUCGGUUAUGAGCCUGAACUAACCAGAAACCGCUCGACGCUCCAGGUGGCUUUCAUGUCGUUUGUUCUAGCAUCGAUUCCGUACGGUCUUGCCACAACGUUCUUCUAUCCUCUGGUUGGUGGUGGACCAGUGAACAUCAUCUGGGGAUGGUUGAUCGUGUCCCUCAUCAUUCUUUGCGUCGCCGCAUCUCUAGGUGAGAUAACAUCGGUGUAUCCGACCGCCGGCGGUGUCUAUUACCAAGCAUUUAUGCUAUCGCCCCCAAAAUACCAGAGAAUUAUCGCUUGGAUUUGCGGGUGGUCUUAUGUGGUCGGUAAUAUUAUGAUCACUCUUGCUGUCAACUUUGGAUCCGCGCAAUUCAUUAUCGCUUGCGUUAAUGUUUUCGAAGUCUCCCCCGGGGUGGGCAUCUUUGAAGCGACAACCUAUCAGACCUUUCUCAUUUUCCUAGGGAUUACCCUUCUGUGUAACGCAGUAUCAUCUCUAGGGAAUAAAUGGUUGCCCCUUCUGGAUACCUUCGCGAUCUUCUGGACACUUGUGGGUCUUUUAGCUAUUGUUAUCUGUGUUUUGGUCAUUGCAAAGGAUGGCAGGAACAGCGGUGCAUAUGUCUUCGGUCACUUCGAACCGCAAUCAGGCUGGCCUGAUGGUUGGGCUUUCUGUGUUGGUUUGCUUCAAGCCGCAUAUGCCACUUCUUCAACUGGAAUGGUGAUCUCGAUGUGUGAAGAGGUUCAGGAUCCAUCUCGGCAGGUACCCAGGGCAAUCGUGGGCACCAUCAUCUUGAACACAAUAGCUGGGCUCCUUUUCCUCAUUCCUCUCGUAUUCGUGCUUCACGAUUCAGCAGCUCUCAUCGCUUUGGUUUCUGGUCAGCCAGUCCCGACCAUCGUCAAAUCAGCCAUCGGCAACUCAACUGGUGCAUUUCUCCUCCUACUUCCGUUGGCCGUGCUUGCUCUUCUAUGUGGUAUAGGAUGUACAACAGCGGUAUCGCGUUCGGUUUGGGCUUUUGCGCGAGAUGGAGGUAUUCCAUUCUCCAAACACUGGAAAGUGGUCAAUCAGUCGCUGGGUCUGCCUUUCAAUGCUAUGAUGCUUGGAAUGGUCAUUGAGAUUGCCCUUGGGCUCAUCUACUUCGGCUCCACUGCUGCUUUCAAUGCUUUCUCGGGCGUUGGCGUCAUCACCCUAACAGUCAGCUAUGCAUGCCCAAUUGCUGUUUCCUUCAUGGGCGGUCGUAAGCACAUCAAGAAUGGGAAGUUCGAUCUGGGCAAACUUGGGCUGUUUUGCAAUAUCAUUGCAUUGGCAUGGAGUUUACUAGCCGUUCCUCUAUUUUGUAUGCCGUCCUACCUUCCUGUCACGCCGGAGUCCGUCAACUAUGCGCCUGUUGUAUUCGUCGCCUUCAUCAUCAUUGCUACAUUCUGGUACUGGGUCUGGGGCAGAGAGAAGUACGUUGGCCCUCCUACAGCCGAUGAGGCUGUCAUUGACCUUCGCCUAUCCGGCGCAUAG